UCCCACGAAAUCGGUCGAACCGGUUCAGCCCGUGCGACGGCGUCCGCUGCGGUCUUCUUCCUCCCCGCGACCCAUCUUCUCCCUUCGCUCCCCCAGCGCGCGCCGCUCUCCACGCGGUCGGCCCGUGCGCCGCCCUCCACGCUCCCCUGCCCAGCUGCAGCUCGAGUCCGGCUGGUGCGGCAGCACCCUCCGUUCCCACGACUUCUCUGUUCUCUCUCUCGGCCUCGGUCUUCCUUUCCUAGCGGCGACGACAGAGCAAGUUGCGCUGCCCGUUGUUCGUCGAGCGACGGGCGCUUCGCCGGCGACGAACAUCCGACAGGGAGUCGGUCUCCAUUGCCCUCCGCUCCUGAUGUCGAGGCUGCGAGCUCUGUGGCAAGCUUCCUUUAACUCCACCAAGAGAGCUCUUGUAUGGAGUUCAGAUGAUCUGAUUCCACCAACUGAAAGAUAUAUAUUCAAUUUCAACUCAAAAGAUGAGCUGAAAAGGUGGCAUUUGUACUCAGAUUCAGAGUAUGGAGUGUUAUUAUCCAGGUUUAUCUUCUGCAUCAUUGGAGAUAACUGAAGGUGCUGCUGGUGCAGAUACUUCAUUAACUGGUGUGUUUUCUGGUAAUCUUUCUUCGGAUAUGUCUGAGGGGUCAACAUGGAGGAUCAGGCGCUAUGGAUUCUGCGGGAUGCGAUCAAAAAAGUUUGAUGGUUUCAUUGACCUCGAUGCAUAUGAUACAAUAGCAAUGAAGAUCAAAGGGGAUGGAAGAUGCUACAUAUCUACCAUAUACACAGAGAAUUGGGUGAAUUCACCUGGACAACAAGAAGAUAAUUCAUGGCAGGCUUUUGUGUACACACCCCAAGACAGAUGGCAAAUCUUGAAGAUCCCUCUUGAUCGGUAUUUACCUACAUGGAGAGGAAGUGUGAUUGAGGCAAAGUUGGAAAUGAAUCCUGCUCGGAUUGUGGGGAUGUCUCUCUCUGUAAACGCAGAAGGCGGUGUUCCCGGUGCCAAGACUGGGACUGGUGAUUUUAGGCUAGAGGUUGAUUGGAUCAAGGCAUUGAGGACAGUGUGAGCUCCACAAGUCGUAGUCUUUUUUUCACAUCGGCGCUUUCUUUCUCUUUUGUUUCACCCUGCUCUGCCAGCAGCCAAAACCACUUGACUACAUGAGUAACCAUAAUGCGGAGUGCCCACUCCUGUAUGCACUUUUAGGUGUAUGAAAUGUUUAUGUUUGCCGGUAAACAUGGAAGGCUGCUGCAGUCGGCACCAAUGAAUAAUGAAUUUUGUUUUCCUUUUGAGAUUUAUGAAUAAAUGAUUAAGAAUGCAACGCUCGUCAUUUGAUUAA